GUGUAUGUGUCUGCAUGUGUUGAAGAUGAGGACUGAAUAUGCAUGUCACUUUCAUUGUUUGCCUUGUAAGAACCCUUUCGCAGUAGGACCCAGAAGAUUGUUCCCAUCCAUCAGCACUGGACAAGUACACCUUUAUGGGGUCUCUGCCAAAACUAGGAUGUAAAAAAGGCUCCACAAAGUAGUUCUUCUCAGUUACAGAAAAAAAGCCUCCUGUCAAUUGGCUCCAGGCAUCUGAUAGGAAAACACAAUGGUUCCUGAUGUCAGACUUCUGACAGCUAUAUAUGAAUGGCCAGGUAGCACAUCCUUACUGCUCUGAAGCCUCCACACUCUGGAUAUACAGUCAUUUCAACGCAACGAGGCAUUUUUUUAAGGGGACACAAUGAGCACAUCUGUGGCUGUGUACAGGAAUAUAUACACAGAGGACCGUUUCAGGCAAACCUUCGGUACGGAGGCUAAGCCGAGUGGAAAAACUCGCCUCAGAGAGACGCUUUCCAAACCGUGCAGGUGUUCCCGGGAGACGUGCCUUCACCUGUUGAAAGAACGAGUGCCCAUUUUCAGCUGGCUGCCAAAAUACAGACUCAGGAAAUGGAUUUUAGGAGAUACUGUGGCGGGGUUGACCGUUGGUAUACUCCACAUUCCCCAAGGAAUGGCUUUUGCGUUGUUGACAUCAGUGGCUCCAAUCUAUGGCCUUUACACAUCAUUCUUCCCUGUGGUGCUCUACAUGCUCUUCGGGACGGGACGCCAUGUCUCCACAGGUACUUUUGCUGUGGUGAGUCUGAUGACUGGCUCGGUGGUCGAGCAGCUGGUGCCCACUCCUCCUGCUCUGAACUCCAGUAGCAUAGAAGCUGGGGAGCUGGAAGCACAGAGGAUUGGGGUGGCGUCGGCUAUAGCGUUUCUUUCAGGAGUGAUGAUGCUCUGCAUGUUUGGUCUGCAGUUGGGCUUCCUUUCCACAUACCUAUCCGAGCCCAUUGUUAAGGCCUUCACCAGUGCAGCCGCCUUUCAUGUGACUAUCUCGCAGCUGCAGAGCAUGCUGGGAUUACGGCUUCCUCGCUACACGGGCACCUUCUCUCUCUUUAAGACUCUGGCCUCAGUGUUGGAGAACCUACCCCACACUAACCUGGCUGAGCUGCUGAUCUCUCUCCUGUGCCUAGCUGUGCUCAUUCCAAUUAAAGAAGUGAACACACGCUUUCGACAGCGCCUGCGCACACCCAUUCCUGUGGAGAUUCUCACAGUAAUAAUUGCCACAGGAGUUGCUUAUGCCACCUCUCUCGAUUCCACAUACGAUGUACAGAUAGUGGGUCAUAUUCCAGCAGGUUUCCCUCGGCCUCGGUUGCCUGCUUUGCAGACAGUGCCAGAUAUAGCUGGUGACACAGUUGCCAUCACGUUUGUAGGCUAUGCUGUGUCUGUGUCACUAGCAAUGAUAUAUGCUGAUAAGCAUGGCUAUUCUAUUCACCCUAAUCAGGAGUUGCUGGCACAUGGGAUUUCCAACACAGUGUCUUCUCUCUUUACCUGCUUUCCCAGUUCAGCCACACUGGCAACCACUAACAUUCUGGAGAGUGCUGGGGGAUACACACAGCUUUCAGGCCUGUUUACAAGUCUGGUGGUGCUGGUGGUGCUACUGCUCAUCGGUCCUCUGUUCUACUUCUUACCCAAGGCUGUCCUUGCAUGUAUAAAUGUGACCAGCUUGAGGCAAAUGUUCCUCCAGUUCCAGGAUCUUCCAGACCUUUGGAGAGUUAGCAGGAUUGACUUUAUGGUGUGGCUAGUGACCUGGCUGUCCGUGGUGGUGCUCAAUGUGGACCUGGGUCUGGCCAUUGGAGUGGUUUUCUCCAUGAUGACUGUUGUUUGUCGCACGCAGAGGGCUGGCUGCUCAGUUCUGGGCAGGGCAUCCAAUACAGAGAUCUACAGGCCCAUCGACAACCACAAUAAGUGUUAUGAAGUCCCUGGAGUGAAGAUCCUGACCUACAAUGGGCCUAUCUACUAUGGCAAUCGCAGUUUCUUUAAGGCAGAUGUGAACCAGCUGCUGGGCCUCACCCCUGAGCGUAUCCGGUGCCGCGAGAAGGCCAGGAAGGCCCUGGAAAAGAGAGAGAGAGAAGCCAUCAGUACAGUGGAAAGAGAAGUAGCAAACACAUCAUUUUCCUCUGAGAAUUCUGACUUUUUCAAAUCAGAAAUGUCUGAGAAUGAAGUCCAGGCAGUACUAAUCGAUUGCAGCAGUGUUAUUUUUGUGGAUGUUGCAGGGGCCAAGCUAUUCAUACAGAUGUGUGUUGAAUGUCAGAAGAUGGGAGUGAGGAUACACUUAGCAAAUUGCAAUGAGAGUGUGUUGAAGAUUCUCACAUCAAGUGGCCUGAUGAACUACAUGAACCCACAGCACAUCUUUGUCACAGUCCAUGAUGCUGUAGUCUACAUUCAGCAGCAGAGGGAGAAGCCUUCAGAAAACACCAUGAUUUGGGUGUGAAUGCCUAAAUCGUCACUGAAUGGAGUGAAUCCAGACUUCAAUUUAACACUCUGUCCAAGAGCUUUGGAUUUGGAAACUCCAUUUCGGAUAGCCACUAUGAUUUUUAGCUGUUUCUAUCUUAAAUAGAAAUAUUACUUUAGAGCAUACAGCUGCCGUUAAAAUACACUUUAGCUUCCAGUGGGGAACCGUCAGAGCCUUCUAGGCCUUCUGAGAAGGCCUAAUAAUUUCUGUGAAAUAAAAAUAUGUUUGUAAUUUUUAAUUCAUUUUUUAUAAUACAGUCAUCAUGCUUGUUGUAUUUAAACUCUACAAGUGUUGUAGUAGUACCUUUAUUUUCAUAUUUUGACUGGAAACAAAGGGGUUAAUUUCUUGAAACGCCCAAUGGAAAAUGAUCCAAUCAGGAUUUUUUCUCUGUGGUAUCCAGGCAGAUACGGCUAAUCGAGUUCUCCCAUUGCUUAGGAUUUCAGGAGCUUAACUGAAGGUCUGUGCUGUCAGAUUAACAACUAAUAUAAUUUCGAUUUAGAAAGGGUGGAUCCCAGGUUUCCUGGAAGUCCUAAAUAUGUUUGUCAAUUAUUAGAAAUGGAAAAUAGUAUCAGCUCUAUGCCAAGAAUUUUUACUAAAGGAUUCAUUGUGAAACUGCUACAUACAAAGUAUAAUAUAUAUUAAUGUUUGUUACAAGUUUCAGAUAAAACAUGGAAAGUCUUUUAACAAACUUCAAUAUACAUGUUUAAUCUAACAGCCAAAAAAAUGAAUGUGAAUUGCUGUUUGCUUAGUGCUAAAAUAUUACUAGAAUCCCAUAUGGGUGCCAAAUGUUGAAGUUAAUGAGCUGAAUUGAAGGCUUAGCUCUUAUAGUCACGGUUCGCCACUGGUAGCUUCACAGUUGGUUUGUUCAGACUCUUAUACUUGAUGGAAAGCCAUGCAUUGAAACUCACUUUGAUGCUGGUGGGAGCUAAUGAAGUUUUGCACUAUUGCCCCAAGUCUGUAUGAAGCACAAAUACAAACACAUCCUGAAAUACACAACUACUGUAUAUACUCAUGUACACCAGAACAUGCACAGGCAUUCAUGUGCACACACAGAUCAUCGAUCUGUGCCUGUAUGGUUUUUAGUUUUCAUAUUUAGCCCUAUAAUUCUGUUGUUUCUUAUGUUUGAAUGCUGGAAAAAUCAUGAUCAUUACUUAGGAGUAUUUAUUUAUUUCUGUUUCAUAAUGUUAUGUGUAAUUGAUCAUAAAUAUGUGAAGAAAGAUGCACUGAAUGUCCAAAAUAUAUUUGAAUGGAAUGAUACCCUUCACUAUCAAUGGGCCUCAUUCAGCAAUAUCUUCCUAAGAUUUUUUUUACAUUUGUACUUGA